AUGUCUCGACAAGACCAACAAAAAUCGAAACCGACGCCCUUCCCGCACGGCGCCUUCCUGCCCAACGGCCUCAACACAGAUCCUCCUCUGUCGGCCAACGACCCAACGGUAGGGUACAAAUUGAACCACUUCAUGAUGCGCAUUCGAGAUCCGGAGAAGAGUAUGAAAUUCUAUAUUGAGCUCAUGGGCAUGAGGACUGUGUUUACUAUGAAUGUCGGCCCCUUCACAAUCUACUACCUCGGCUACCCUCAAACGCCCGAGCAUCGCGGCGACCUGGCGAAAUUCGGCGGUGACACGGCGAUGAACCUCCAGCACACACUGGGUCUGCUGGAAUUAUACCACGUGCACGGCUCCGAAACCCAAGCACCGGAUUAUUACUCGACGGGCAACACGCCGCCCAAUCUGGGCUUUGGACAUCUGGGCUUCACGGUGCCGAACGUGCCGGAAGCCCUGGCCAGAUUGAAGGCGAACGGAGUCCAAGUCGUCAAGGACCUGGGCGUGUGUGACAGGGCGUCGAUUCCGAUCAGUGAUUGGGAGAAUGAGCGUGGGGUGGGUGUCGAGGUCAAGGGGACGGAGAGCGAGAUUCAUCCUGAGUAUGCGAAGGUGUUUAACAAGAUUGCUUUUGUGAGGGAUCCGGACGGAUAUAUCGUUGAACUGGUUCCGCAGAACGUGGACCCAUUGGAUCCUUAG